AUCAAAGCUUUUGAAAAAAUAAUUACAAAUGUAAUAGGACUAUAACAACAUGUGCAACAUAAAAAACGAACUAUCCUUACAAAUGGCACAAAGGCUUAUUGUGUUUAAAACUAGUGUCUAAAACUGAGAACUGUUCUGAAAUACAUUAUGUCAUUGAUAAGGUUAAAACGAGAAGUUUGAAAGGUGGUAGCUAUGCUAUGGUAUGCUUGUCCAUACGUGACCUUGAAUGUAGGUAGUUAAGCCAUAACAUAUGGAAUAGUUUCUAUUUUGUCUAGGUUUGGCAUAUGUCUGAUAUGGUAAUCGCAACUUUCAGCAGCCAGAUGUUUUUCAGCCCGUUUGCUUAUGCGUAGAAACUUCUAUUUCCCUAUGUAAAAUCGAUAUUAUUUCAAACCUGCCAUAAUGAUUCAAACGAGAGUUGGUUGUGGGGUGUUUUCAUCAAUGACCAAAAACGUCACACCGUAUUGCUGACGCAACCUUGAAUGUGCGAUUAUUUUCAUACACAACCAAUAAACGUUGGGGGUAAGAUUGAAAAGAGGGGUGGUGCCUUCGGCACUGUAAUGUGAUUGGAUACGAUGUUUACCCGAAGCAGGUAGUAAACACCUCCAAUGUCAUCUGUCAAAACGUUGGUUAGACAGACACAGGGUCGAGGUUACUACAGAAAGGGGAUCGUAAAAUCACUUAGCUUGGACAGUUCAUGGAGGUCGUGUAGCUACUCUAUUCAUACCUCAGUGAUUCUAACGGCCGCAACAAGGAUAUAUUAGCUAGCAAGUUGAUAGCACAUUAGCCUAGCUAGGAGACGAAGACUGUUGCCAACUAGCGCAGCUGUGUUUCAUCAAACUGUUUAAGUGGCAAACGAAUCGGCAUCAAAACGUAUUAAUUCACCGAUAUUUGACACUCUUAAUAGCACAUUUGUACUGAAGAGUGGUGAUGGACUUUCUCGCUGGCUGCAUUGGAGGUGCUGCCGGAGUCUUAGUAGGACACCCUUUUGACACGGUUAAGGUGAGACUCCAGGUUCAGAAUGUGGACAAGCCUCUCUACCGCGGGACCUACCACUGUUUCCAGUCCAUCGUUCGGCAGGAGUCGAUGUUUGGGCUGUACAAAGGCAUCGGCUCCCCCAUGAUGGGCCUAACCUUCAUCAACGCCAUAGUGUUUGGAGUGCAGGGAAACGCUAUGCGUUACCUGGGCCAUGACACCCCUAUGAACCAGUUCCUGGCCGGGGCCGCAGCCGGAACCAUCCAGUGUGUCAUCUGCUGCCCCAUGGAGCUGGCCAAGACACGCAUGCAGAUGCAAGGCACUGGGGAGAAGAAGUCCAAGAGGAAGCUGUACAAGAACUCCCUGGACUGUCUGGCCCGUAUCUACAAACGGGAGGGGCUGUCGGGGGUGAACCGUGGCAUGGUUACCACGCUGGUCCGAGAAACCCCCGGUUUCGGAGUCUACUUCCUGGCCUAUGAUGUCCUGACUCGCUCCAUUGGCUGUGAACCUGAUGACCCCUACAUGAUCCCCAAACUGCUAUUCGCCGGUGGGAUGUCCGGGAUUGCCUCUUGGCUCUCCACCUAUCCAGUGGACGUGAUUAAGUCCCGCCUCCAGGCGGAUGGGGUGGGUGGGGUCUACCAGUACACCAGCAUCGCUGACUGCGUGCGGCAGAGCGUGAGGAGAGAGGGGCUCAGAGUGUUCACACGAGGUCUUACCUCCACCCUGCUCAGAGCGUUUCCCGUCAAUGCUGCCACCUUCGCCACCGUCACGCUGGUGCUGCUGUACGCACGGGGAGUGGAAGAGGGGCCCAAAGACUGUGAGCUGGGGCCCCCCAACACAGCUCACCACACACAGCUACCGCAGCAGACCCAGGCUUCCAGCUUGUGACCUGAGUCUGGAGGUGUUACUCCCACCAAAGCUGCUCUACUGUGGGGUGGGGGAGGGAGGGAAACCCAUUGGGACCCAAUGCCCUUUGAAUCGCUGAGUAUGGAAACCCAUAGACUCCUGAUAUAGCUAUAUGUACACUACCGUUCAAAAGUUUGGGGUCACUUAAACAUUUUCCUUGUUUUUGAGAGAAAAGCAAUAAAAAAAAUCCAUUAAAAUAACAUCAAAUUGAUCAGAAAUACAGUGUAGAGAUUUUUAAUGUUGUAAAUGACUAUGUUAGCUGGAAACGGCAAUUUUUUUAAUGGAAUAUCUACAUAGGUGUACAGAGGCCCAUUAUCGGCAACCAUCACUCCUGUGUUCCAAUGGCAUGUUGUAUUAGCUAAUCCAAGUUUAUCAUUUUAAAAGUCUAAUUGAUCAUUAGAAAACCCUUUUGCAAUUAUGUUAGCACAGCUGAAAACUGUUGUGCUGAUUUUAAAGAAGCAAUAAAACUGGAAUUCUUUAGACUAGUUGAGUAUCUAGAGCAUAAGCAUUUGUGGGUUCGAUUACAGGCUCAAAAUGGCCAGCAACAAAGAACUUUCUUCUGAAACUCGUCAGUCUAUUCUUGUUCUGAGAAAUGAAGGCUAUUCCAUGUGAGAAAUUGCCAAGAAACUGAAGAUCUCGUACAAUGCUGUGUACUACUCCCUUCACAGAACAGUGCAAACUGUCUCUAACCAGAAUUGAAAGAGGAGUGGGAGGCCCCGAUGCACAACUGAUCAAGAGGAGAAGUACGUGUCUAGUUUGAGAAACCGACGCCUCACAAGUCCUCAACUGGCAGCUUCAUUAAAUAGUAAUCGCAAAACACCAGUCUCAACGUCAACAGUGAAGAGGCGACUCCAGGAUGCUGGCCUUCUAGGCAGCGUUCCUCUGUCCAGUGUCUGUGUUCUUUUGCCCAUCUUAAUCUUUUAUUUUUAUUGGCCAUUCUGAGGUAUGGCUUUUUCUUUGCAACUCUGCCUAGAAGGCCAGCUUCCCUGAUUCGCCUCUUCACUGUUGACGUUGAGACUGGUGUUUAGCGGAUACUACGCUGUAUUUCUGAUCAAUUUGAUGUUAUUUUAAUAGACAAAAAAUUUGCUUUUCUUUCAAAAACAAGGACAUUUCUAAGUGACCUCAAACUUUUGAACAGUAGUGUAGAUCUACAGAUUUGCAGGCUAAGACUGCGCUUGACUUGUAUAUAUAAUUUACUUUGGGGGGGGGGGUAUAAUGUUUAAAGUAACCGUUAUUUCCUGCCUUAUUACAUUUGAACAGUUUUACUGAAAUGGAGAAGUCGAAGCACUUAUAUCUUUGGAAGAUGCGACAAAAAAAGAAAAUUGAAUGUAGUGAGACUGAGAUUGAACCCAAAGCUUAAUAUGCCACUUUCUCUCAGACCCUAGUAUUUCUCAAAUAAACCAGAAGAGUUAAGGUUAAGUCGCUGGUACUAACUGGUACAACCACAUGUAUACUAACAAGCACUGUAAUGGUAUGGUUAUGCAGUUUAUCCUUUUAUAGCUCUGUCUUUGCACAGUAACUAUUCAUUAGUCUACUUUGGCCACUCAGGAGAUUCACAUGUAGGGUACUAGUUGAGUUAAAGCACUUAUCAUGUCCUAACUGAAAAUAAACCUAUAAUGUACCUGAGCGAUAUCUGAAAACUGAAUGAAAGCCCCGAAUGUGACGUUUUGUGUUUGAAGCACAAGUGUGAAUCCCUAUUAGAGUUGGCAAUAAUGUAAUGUAUCUUGUGUGUUUUGUUUUGGGACAUGGCUUGUGUUUUACUGAGUAAUGGGAAGUUUUGUCUUUGGUGUUUUACUUGUGUAUAAAUGUGAGAUUCAUUGUAUUUUGUUUUUAAAGAUGUGAUUGGCAAAAUGUCUAAAUAUUGCAAAUUCUAGAGGAUUUUUGUGUGUUUUAUUAUUUGAGCCGGAAUGUUACUGUGGUUGCUGUUAACUAAUCUAUCUGUGUCUCUUGUUCCUCAUAAUGUAGACUUUGGUAUAUCUGUUACUGUUAACUCCUGUAAUUUUAGAGGAUUUCUAAUGGGGAGUUGAUAUACAGUAUCAGUCAAAAGUUUGGACACACCUACUCAGUCGAUAUUGUAGAAUAAUCGUGAAGACAUCAAACUAUGAACUAACACAUAUGGAAUCAUGUAGUAAUCAAAAAGUGUUAAACAAAUCAAAAUAUAUUUGAGAUUCUUCAAAGUAGCCACCCUUUGCCAUGAUGACAGCUUUGCAUUCUCUCAACCAGCUUCACCUGGAAUGCUUUUCCAACAGUCUUGGAGUUUCCACAUGCUGAGCUCUUGUUGGCUGCUUUUCCUUCACUCUGCAGUCCAACUCAUCCCAAACCAUGUCAAUUGGGUUGAGGUCAGGUUAUUGUGGAGGCCAGGUCAUCUAAUGCAGCACUCCAUCACUCUCCUUCUUAGUCAAAUAGCCCUUACAUAGCCUGGAGAUGUGUUGGGUCAUUAUCCAGUUGAAACAAAUGAUAGUUCCAUUAAGGGCAAACCACAUGGGAUGGUGUAUCGCUGCAGAAUGCUGUGGUAGCCAUGCUGGUUAAGUGUGCCUUGAAUUCUAAAUAAAUCUCUGACAGUUUCACCAGCAAAACACCAUCACACCACCUCCUCCAUGCUUCAUAGUGGGUGCCACACAUGCAGAGCUCAUCCGUUCACCUGCUCUGCGUCUCACAAAGACACAGCGGUUGGAACCAAAAAUCUCAAAUUUGACUCAUCAGACUAAAGGACAGAUUUCCACUGGUCUAAUGUCAAUUGCUUGUGUUUCUUUGCCCAAGCAAGUCUCUUCUUAUUAUUGGUGUCCUUUAUUAGUCGUUUCUUUGCAGCAAUUCGACCAUGAAGGCCUGAUUCACGCAGUCUCCUCUAAACAGUUGAUGUUGAGAUGUGUCUGUUACUUGAACACUGUGAAGCAUUUAUUUGGGCUGCAAUUUCUGAGGCUGGUAACUCUAAUGAAUUUAUCCUGCAGUCCUCAUGAGAGCCAGUUUCAUCAUAGAGCUUGAUGGUUUUUGCAACUGCAUUUGAAGAAACUUACAAAGUUCUUGACAUUUUCCAGAUUGACUGACCUUGAUGUCUUAAAGUAAUAAUGGACUGUCGUUUCACUUUGCUUAUUUGAGCUGUUCUUACCAUAAUAUGGACUUGGUCUUUUACCAAGUAGGGCUAUCUUCUAUAUACCACCCCUACCUUGUCACAACACAGCUGAUUCACUCAAAUGCAUUAAGAAGGAAAGAAAUUCCACAAAUUAACUUUUAACCAGACGCACCUGUUAAUUGAAAUGCAUUCCAGGUGACUCCCUCAUGAUGGUGGUUGAGAGAAUGCAAAGCUGUCAGGUUGGCGACAGUUAAGAAUAUCUACUAUAAGAUAUAUUUUGAUUUGUUUAACACCUUUUUUUGGUUACUACAUGAUUCCAUAUAUGUUAUUUCAUAGUUUUGAUGUCUUCACUAUUAUUCAAAAUGUAGAAAAUAGUAAAAAUAAAGAAAAACCCUGGAAUGAGUAGGUGUGUCCAAACUUUUGACUGGUAAUGUAUGUUAUUACUGGUUUGUGAGAUACUUAGUCGUAUUUGCAGAGAUUGGCAGAUCUCUCUGCGAUAUGUAUGAUGGGGACAUUUUGCAUGCUGUUCCUGUAUGAGGGUAUUAAUAUAGUAGGCUAUACACAUCUGUGGACCUACAGUAUGGUAGCUUUGACACAGUAUUCAUGUGUUAUUAAUGACUCUCUUAUUCUCUCUUAUUCCUUCACUGUAAGGGGGGGUGGGGGAAGAACACACACACACACACUGAAUUGUCUCUAGUGUGUUGCUGCAGUAAAUAACUAUCAUUGUCAUAACCUUCUGAAACGGAUUCAGGAAAAUCUCCGAUGACACCACAGUAAUGUUCUUUAAAAGAGCUAUGACAUCAUAAUGGCAUUCUCUAAAACAGCGACAGUGACAUCAUAAUGACAGUCUCUAACAUAUCCACAUGUACUGAAUUGUUGAAUGUAACAAUAUGUUACCCCACAAAAUGGUCUCUGACUUUUACCAGGAGGAGAACAAACAUGUACUAGAGACCUGUAACAAUCAGCUUCUCUUCUAUAUAUUUUGGUUGGUUCGAGGUAGUUUGCUGCUUGGAUGUUUAAUCCAAGCCACAACCCUUGAAAUACUGAUGUCCUGCAGUCUGCUGAAUUGGUGAAUUGGGAUUGUGGUUGUGGGGUAGUGAAAAUAUUAUAUUGCUUAGUGACAUUCAGUUUUUGCCAUUGUUCAUUUUAAUAUUUUUUAUAUACUGUAUCACAUUAUGUGUUUGUCACCAUAAUGUUUUAUUGGGCUUUAUUGUGAUCAUUUUAAUGUUCUCAUACUCCUCCAGUCCUGGACAAGAGGCUAAAGUAAAAAACUGGCAUAUGAAAAUAAUUUGGACUGGGAAGAUGCGAACAAAAUAUGUGAUCUAAGUUUUGUGUGAUGAUAAUCUGUUAGAUGAUUUGAAAGGGGGAAUGAAAAUGUAAAUAUAUAUAAAACCUAUAUUUUUCAAUCUGUUAGAUGUGGUGUCCUCAAUGUUUGAUUUUGACCAGAAUUUGUUUUGUUGUCUUUCUCUUAUCUUGUGGGUUUUGCUGUUACAAACAUGAGCUUGGAAAAGGAAGAUUCAAAAGAUGGAGACACUGAUAUUUUUGUAACAAACUAACGAAGCUGAGCCAGUCAAUGUAUCUCAUGCUUUGGUUCAUCAAGUUUGACUUGUAGAACAUUUGAAAAUCAAUAAACGACUGACUCAGAUUAA